AUGGACGAACACAAGGAAAAUAUUCACAAUACGGACGUCAACGUAAACAUGUCAACCGUAGAAGAUGACAAGUUGAAGUCCGACAGCACCAUAUGUCCCAAAGAAAGAGAAGAUGCUCCUCGAGCGUCUAAUAGUGACUUCAGCCACCCCGUGUACAAGGAGAUCGCCUUGGCCAACGGUCACAUCAACCGCAUGUCCAAGGAAGAGCUGCGCCUCAAGCUGUCUCAGCUAAAGCUAGACACAAGGGGCGUGAAGGACGUUAUGAAGAAGCGACUGAAGAGCCACUACAAGAAGCAGAAGCUGACUCAGUCGGCGGCGGCCGACGACGGACAGGCGGAAGCCGACUACGACUAUAUCUGCGUGGUGGACUUCGAGGCCACGUGCGAGGAGGACAACCCGCCCGACUUUGUGCACGAAAUCAUCGAGUUCCCCAUAGUGCUGAUCAGCACUCAUACUUUGGAGAUUGUGGGGACUUUUCAGGAAUACGUUAAACCCGAGUUAUGCCCAAAACUGUCAAACUUUUGUGUGAAGCUCACGGGAAUAACCCAGGAAAAGGUGAACGCAGCCAAGCCGUUUCCAGUGGUCCUGAAGCGAGUGGUCAAGUGGCUUGAGGAGAGGGAGUUGGGCACUAAAUACAAAUACACCUUCCUCACAGAUGGCGCGUGGGACAUGAGCAAGUUUCUCAACAUCCAAUGUCGCAUCAGCCAGAUUCGGUACCCUCAGUUUGCCAGGAGAUGGAUCAACAUCCGUAAAUCCUACGGCAACUUCUACAAGGUCCCGCGCACGCAGAUCAAGCUGAGCACCAUGCUGGACAAGCUGGGCCUCCAAUACGAGGGCCGCCCACACUCGGGACUGGACGACUCGCGUAACAUCGCCCGCGUCGCGCUGCGAAUGCUGCGGGACGGCUGCCGGCUGCGCGUCAACGAGCACCUGCACGCCGGCCAGCUGCUCCCCGCGCCCAGUUGGGCGGCCACGGAAGGGGCACCUCCUCCCCGCUGGCCCGGCGCCCGCAGAUAG